AUGGCAGACACACACAGCCUUUACCUCCAAGGGAUUGAAGAAUCUACCUCGCAGUUUUUGGAAAUUUGGCAUCACUAUGAUAAUGCUGGUAAUGGUUAUAUUGAUGGAAGAGAACUGCAGAACUUCAUUCGAGAACUCCAACAAGCUCGAAAAGGCGCUGGCUUAGAAUUGUCUGAUGAGAUGAAAGCUUUGGUGGAGAAGUAUGAUCAGAAUGCUGAUGGAAAAAUUGAACUGGCAGAUCUGCUUCAGAUACUGCCAACAGAAGAAAACUUCUUCUUGUUCUUUCGGCAACAAUUAAAGUCAAGCACAGAAUUUAUUGAGACUUGGCGAAGGUAUGAUGAAGAUCAUAGUGGCUUCAUAGAGGCAGAUGAGCUGAAGAGUUUUCUUCGAGAUUUACUCAAGAAAGCAAAUAGGCCCUUUGAUGAAGUGAAACUGGAGGAGUAUACCCUGACUACGCUCAAAUUGUUUGAUUCAAAUAAUGAUGGAAAGCUGGGACUGGGCGAAAUGGCCAGGUUACUUCCUGACAAAGAGAACUUUCUCCUCAAAUUUCAGGGGGUGAAUAUGUCCUCAAAAGAAUUCAAUGAUAUCUUUGAUUAUUACGACCAGGAUGGCAGUGGAUAUAUAGAUGAAAAUGAAUUAGAUGCACUACUAAAGGAUCUCUGUGAAAAGAACAAACAGGACCUAGACAUUCAACAUCUUACAACAUACAAGAAAAACAUCAUGGCUUUGUCUGAUGGAGGAAAACUCUUUCGGAAAGACUUGGCAUUAAUCCUCUGCGCUGAAGAGUUUUAAAUAUCUUGCAUUCUCGUGUGCUUGUGAUCUCUGUGAAUAUAGCUGUGUGCUAAAAGGGUGUAGGAUAUGCUUUCCUUCUACCUGUACACAUAUAGGUUAAUCGGUAGAAUGUGCAACACAUUCUUUCUGAUCUGUUGUAUCUAUACUCUUUGUAAUUUAUUGCUUUUGUAUCUACAGAAUUCAUACAAUAAACCAUACUACUAAAAAUGAUAUGAUAUGUGGCAUAAAACAGUUUUGUCUGGAAGUGAGAGAGGUGUUUAUAAUAAAGGUUGACAAAACUGUUCUGGAUUGUUUAAUAAAUGUAAUGAAGGUAUAGAUACCUUGUGCAAUUGCC